CCUUCAAUCUUUUUCAUUAACUGUCAUGAGUUGUCACUCAAUAAAACGUCAUUGAAACACGCAUAGACGUCCUCAGAAUAUUUGGACAUGUUUUUUUUAAAAAAAUACAAAAAAACAGGGUUUAACGUCAUGUCCUCGACGAUGUCAUCGAUGACGUUUACGACAUUGGUGACAUCAAGGACAAAAUGCAGCAGCGGGCACCGCCCCUUGUUGUCCACGUAACCUAGCAACGGAUCUACGAUAAUCUUAAGAGCAAGUGUAUUUUUUCGACGCGUCGAAGUGAUGACGUCAGUCAGGCCACGCUUUUUCACUCCUGCUCAGGUGUCGGCUCACAACACGUCAGCGGACUUAUGGGUGUCCUUCCUGGGUAAAGUGUGUGACCUAACCCCCCUGGUGAAGCAGUACGAGGGUGAUGUUCUGCUACUGCCCAUCUUAGAGUUUUCAGGAAAGGACAUAAGCAGCUGGUUUGACCCUGAGACCAAAGAUGUGUUGACCUUCAUCCAUCCACUCACCAACUGUCUGAGCUAUUACACGCCCAGGGGACGUUUCGUGCACAUUCCCCCUGCUGGGCCUCGCUCCGACUGGGCCAGCGACAUCGACCCAGCCUGGUGGAAAGACCAACACUACGAGGUGGGGCGACUGUCCUCUAAAACCAGGUGGAUAAGGGUCAUCAACACACUGACGUCACAGGAGCAGCGACUUGAGGUGUGUUCCGAAGAGACACUGGCUGAAAUCCGGGAGCGUUACCUCCCCUACAACUCGCAUGCAUGUAGCUACACAUGGAAACACAACGGAGUGUGUCUGGACAUGAACAAGACACUGAGCGAGAAUAACGUUCCGGAUGACGACGUCAAGCUCCAGCUGCUGCGCCUCGACUGUGACCUCUUCACCCCUGCCAUCCUCCUCCACUUUAAUGAUGACCUCACUGAGGGAUGACCUGUACAAAAGACUGUCUCUGUAACGCUUGUUUUCCUUUUGUGUCAUUGGGUUGCUUGAGUGUAGUUCACUUUUACAACACGGGAGGGGGCAUUGAACGCAUCAUUGCAGGUCGCCCGAAUGCAGCUGAGAUAGGCUCCAGCACCUCACACGGCCCCAAAGGGGACAAGCGAUAGAAAAUGAAUGGAUGGAUGAAUGCAGGUGGCACAGGGGUUAGUGCAUGUGCCUCACAAUACGAAGGUCCUGGGCUUGGGAUCUUUCUGUGUGGAGUGCACGUACUCCGGCUUCCAAAGACAUGCACCUGGGGAUAGGUUGAUUGGCAACACUAAAUUGGCCCUAUUGUGUGAAUGUGAGUGUGAAUGUUGUCUGUCUAUCUGUGUUGGCCCUGCGAUGAGGUGACGACUUGUCCAGGGUGCACCCCGCCUACCGCACGAAUGCAGCUGAGAUAGGCUCCAGCACCCUCCGCGACCCCGAAAAGAACAAGCGGUAGAAAAUGGAUCGGAUGGAUGCAUCAGCAAGCUCUGAAAGUUACUGUGGACUUCUUUGUCAAUUGUUUAAUUGGCAGUGUGCGUCAAUACAGAGUGAGUUACUUUAUAUACACUUUAAUAUCACUUGCUAUGUGCUUUAAACUGUAUUGCAACUCAUUUCGUCCGUUUUAUUGUAGUCUGUUUGGCAUCAAGUUCACAAGUUAACUGCUAGCUGAAUAUCAUACCCUGGUUGGGACCUGUUUCUAGCAUUGGAUAUGUUUGUUAGCCCCAAUUUCAAAUUUAGAAUUAUUGUUGUGAUGCUAUUUACAUUCCAUUAAUCAUUACAUUACUUGGGGUUGGGAUGUUAAAAUUUUGUGCAUUUAUGUUUGUGUAUACACACAGCUAAGUGAUGUAUAUUUCAACAGCCCUGUGGCAGGCUUGUGCCUAUAUUUCAUUGCAUUGUGGUCACUUUAAUUGAUUUAUAAUGAUUGUAUUUGUUUUGUAUAGGAAACCACACACACAAACGAACAACUCUUGCAUGUCAACCUACAAAUAAGGACUUGGACAAUCUUAUUAUUUCCCCUGCACACACCUGAACGCAUAAUUGCUGUCUUGACCAGACACCCUGAAGUGAUUGCUAAUCCAUAUUAUACCAGUUAUAGUCGUCACUACAUGACCUGUGACCCCAAGGCUCAAAAUGCUGGCAUGGUUGUGUAAAUAAAGAGUGAACAGAAAAA